AUGUUGCUGCUUGCACUGCUGUGUCAUUCUGUAUGUAAGACACAUUCUAUUAACUGCAGCAUAUUGGAUGAUCCUGUCCCUAUUCCUCAUGAAUUUUACCAGCCAGGAAACCUUAUCAUUGGUGUCAUUGUUUCUCAGGUUGUCUUCCUCUAUAACCAUCUCAGUUUCAUGGAACAGCCUACACAGAUCUUGAUUAACGAACCCAUAUCUGUGCCAAAGAACUACCAGCAUAUACUGGCCUUAGCAUUUGCUGUCAAAGAGAUCAAUGAGAAUCCCAACAUCUUAUCAAAUAUAUCUCUAGGAUUCCACAUCCUCAAUAGUUACUACACUGCAAGAAUGACGUAUAAAGCUACCCUGAACCUUCACUCCACACAACAUAGGUUUGUCCCCAACUUCAUUUGUGACAAUCAGAACAAUUUGAUAGCCCUCGUUGGAGGAUGCAUCUCUGAAAUCUCUGCCAAUAUUGCCGUCAUUUCAGCAACCCGAAAGACUCCACAAAUGGUCCCAGAUGAAAUAUAUCAGCAUAUAGGAGUUGCACGGUUACUUCAGCAUUUUGGAUGGACAUGGAUUGGGCUCGUGGCUGUGGAUGAUGACAAAGGGGAUAGGUUUUUACAGGCAAUUGUGCCAAUGCUUUCCCAGAAUGGCAUCUGUUAUGCAUUCAUAGUAAGAUUACCAAAAUGGAAUUAUGUGGAUGAGAUGGUAGACUAUGGUUUACAGCAUUCAAUUCAUCAUUUUCUUAAGAGCAUCUUAUUUAAUAACAGUGCUGGAGACAUUGUGCGCUUUGACAGUAAUCAAGAAAUAGUUGCAGGUUUUGAUGUUACAAACUGGUUGAUGUUCCCCAAUGGAUCUGUUGUUAGAGUAAAAGUUGGAAGACUGGAGCCUCAGGCUCCUCCUGGCAAGGAAUUAACCAUUCAUGAUGACCAAAUUGAAUGGCAUCCAAGUUUUAAUCAGGUGCUGCCUGUUUCUGUGUGCAAUGACAACUGUUGCCCUGGCUAUAGCAGGAAAAAGAAAGAGGGAGAGAAAUUUUGUUGCUAUGAUUGUGCUCGGUGUCCAGAAGGGAUGAUCUCUGUCAAGAAGGAUAUGGAUGCCUGUAUCAAAUGUCCAGAAGACCAACAUCCAAACAAGGGCCAAACUAAAUGCACUGCUAAAGUUCUAAGUUUCCUCUCUUACAAAGAAGAUUUAGGGGUCAUCUUAGCAAUCUUGACUAUUGCUUUUUCCUUGAUCACCAUUUUAGUUCUUGGCAUUUUUAUGAAGCACAAAGAGACCCCAAUAGUUAAAGCCAACAACCGGACCCUCACCUACAUCCUGCUCAUCUCUCUCCUCCUUUGUUUCCUCAGCUCCUUACUCUUUAUUGGGAAGCCUGGAAAUGUGAUCUGCCUUCUCAGACAAUCGCUGUUUGCUUUCAUAUUCUCUGUGGCCCUUUCCAGCAUUUUGGCAAAAACCAUCACCGUGGUUAUGGCAUUUAUGGCAACCAAGCCAGGUUCAAAAAUGAGAAAAUGGAUAGGGAAAAGAUUGACAAAUUAUAUCAUCCUUUCCUGCUCCUUUCUUCAAGUUGCCAUAUGUGCUCUUUGGUUAAGUACUUCCCCUCCAUUCCCAGACAAAGAUAUGCACACAGCAAAGGCAGAAAUCAUACUAGAAUGUAAUGAAGGUUCAGCUACCAUGUUUUAUUGUGUCUUGGGCUAUAUGGGUUUCCUGGCCAUCGUCAGCCUCAUUGUGGCUUUCCUUGCUAGGAAAUUACCCGACAGUUUCAAUGAAACCAAAUUUAUCACUUUCAGCAUGUUGGUGUUUUGCAGUGUAUGGUUAUCCUUUGUUCCAACCUACCUGAGCACCAAAGGAAAAUACACGGUAGCUGUGGAAAUCUUCUCCAUCUUGUCUUCCAGUUCUGGGUUACUGUGUUGCAUUUUUUCUCCUAAAUGUUAUGUCAUUAUUUUGAGACCUGAGCUAAACAACAAGGAGCAAUUAAUAAGGAAAAUAAAAUGA